GUUGAACUGACAGGGAAUAUCAAUACCUUCAGUUACCAGCUUCUUGAAAGACCAACUUAAUAAUUUUACACGUGAUAUUAUCGUGAUCAGAACUAGAAUGUUCUGUUAUCAUAAACAAACUUACGUCUUAACUUUAAGUGGCGUAUGGCGUGUUAUCUUAAGAUAAAAGAAAGAGAUAGCGAGAUUUUUAAGGCGCAGUACAGGGAAACACUUCCAGUCCCGCAUUAGAAGCGAAAUGAACUUAGUUCAAACUCUGUAAAUUUGAUUCAAGAUGGCAUUCUUCAGAAAAAAAAGUCAACCUCCUCCGAGUCCAUUCAACCGCCGUUCGACUAGUUUUUUUACCAGCGCCAACAGCAACCGAAUUAUUUCCGGUUGGGAUAAAGGUGAGAGAGCCGCUAUAAAAAUAAUUCCGUUUAAUCCUGGAGAGAGUGGGAAUGAACAAAUCGAGCGCUAUUGGGAAAAUCUAAUCAAGUUACGUGAUGAUAAUCUGGUCCAGUAUCGCAGUUUUACGCUACAAGAUGAUGGCAGAUACCUUGCGAUGGAGUUGUGUCAGGGAUCAAUGCUCGACUACUGUCGGGGGACAUUAGACAGCGCAGUUGCGUCAAUCGUAAAAGUUAUCGACAUUAUGUGGCAAAUUACCUGCGCUGUUGAGUACCUUGAUCGCCAAAAAAUUGGGCACGGAGAUUUGAAACUGGAAAGUGUGCUCUUCAAAACAAUCAAUUCUGAACCCCGGCGGGUUGUUGCCAAGUUAUCCGGCUAUGGAUACAACAUUCUCCAGUCUGGGAAUAACGUCAAGACGGAUUUCUCCAAACUCGGCUUCUUGUACAUUUCCGCUGCAACUAAAAAGGAGAUCAGACCAAACGGAGCUCUCGCCACCUGGAAUUUGACUGAAAUCGACAUCAAUGCCAAUAAACUUGCGUUAGAAUUGAUUAAUCUUGUGACUGAUGUCGACAAUCCAUUUACUUUUGAAGCCGGCACAUUGCUGCGACAUCCAUUUUUUAUCCGUUAUUGCCAAUUUGCGUUACCAAGACUAAUUAAAGAGCAGGCUAACGAGGAAAUUGUGCAAAGGUUAAAAAUUAGAGGAAACCUUUUAACGUGGAAGAAAUCUUUAGGUAAUGGCCGGCUCCCAAAUGAAAAUUUCAGCGAUCUAGAGAGAAUUCUCUUUUCUGAAAAUAGAGACAUGGAAACUUCGUUAACUGAGGCGUUCAAAAGAACACCUCAAUUACUUUCGCAAUACAUUUGGCAUGUUUCCACCAACUUGGACGCCAUCCCUGAAGGAAAUAAUCAAAUAUCAACUUUUGAGAAAGGGAAGUUUCUAGGAGAAGGGAGUUAUGGAAAAGUAUACGAAUGUUAUUAUACCAACAAAGACGGAAUACGAGUUCUGGCCGCCUGCAAAAAAGCGUCAUUCCGGGUAGACGACGCAGGCAAAGUAUUUGAACGUGAAAUCCGUACCCUUUCGCAGCUGAACCAUUUAUUCGUCACCAAGUACCUAGAAGUCGUAGAAAAGGAUGGCAAAAAGUUUCUUGUUAUGGAAUUGUGCGAUGGAUCCUUAAAGCAGUACGUUCUAGGAAAGCUGGAACGAGUUCCUGCAGGCUCGCUGGACGACAAAAUAAUAAUAAGUCAAGUAUCCCAUGGCCUGGCUUACAUGCACAGCAAAGGCAUUAUCCACAAGGAUUUAAAGCUGGAAAACAUCCUUCUCAAACGUCAUUCACCUGCAUACCGUCUCGUGUUGGCCAAAAUCGCUGAUUUUGGAUUUGCUAAAGAACUGAAACCAGAGUCGUCCAGUUUUAGUGCCACUGACCACCCAGGCACAGAAUCUUACAUGGCCCCCGAACUUCUUCUUGCUUCGCCUGGCACUUACCCGGCCGAUUUUCUCAGCGACGUUUAUGCUUUGGGCAUGACAAUUACGCGGAUUAUGUUGAAAGGAAAACAUCCUUUCACCCCCAACAAAUGUCAACAACUUCUUUCCAUGGAACAGGGUCUGGUUCCGCCAAAUCUUCAACAUCUCAGCUGGGACUUGAUUGAUUUGAUCGUCAAAUUAACAGAUAAAGAUCCAGCAAAACGUCCUAUCAUGCCUCUGGUUCUGUGCCAUCCUUAUUUCACCUUGACAAAUGACAAGACUAAAAGACAUUUCGUCGACCAGCUUUUGACCAAUUUAAAUUCGGAGAAUAGAAAAGAUCAAAUGAAAAAAAUAUUCAACAACCACAAUUUCCAGGAAUGGUACAACACCAUCAUUACUGAUAAGCCAGAAACUGACGAAGAGAUCAUAGAAAUGGAGCAAACCUUGCAAAUGUUCAAAAGUAUUCAACCAGAUUCUACAGUCGAAAGCUUGUAUCCGGCCAGACAAUACAAGCAAACGAUUAAGGAUGCUUUGAAGGCGGAAUACGAUGCUAACGUUGGAAACGAGAUCGAUCAGAUCUCUUCAAAUCACGGUCUGUGUGCUCACGAGCAUUCCAAAAGUCGCACAAUGUCGAGGCUUGAUCCCACAAUGGUUUUCAAAGAAGACAAUUCAGAAAACGAAGACCACUCCGGAAACCAAACUAAUCAGAAAACUGUCAAACACUAUCUUCAACAACAAUUUUCCCGAAAUCGAUUGCACAAGAUGGUUGAAAAGAAACCGGUGCUUAUGGUGUCGUAUUUCUGGUCUUGCUUAGCCAACAUGAUCAACAACCCGCCCAUCAAUGUGUCGACGACAACAACUGGUCAGCAAAAGCCGACUUCGUCGGGCGGAAGAAAACAUCAAUUGGCGCAAUUGAAAAAUUGGAUUACCAACGAGUUGCAAUGGGCCAGUUUGUUCUACGGCGAUGACGAACAAAUCGCCGAUGAGCUAUGGAAAAUGAAAUAUCCCGGAACUAACGAAACCUCCCAAGAAAAAAGAAAAGAAAUUAUACGAACAGCGGCGAAAUGCAACAUCUCGACAGCUGUUUGGUCAGAACUACUCAAGUGGAUGGAAAAAAACGCUGCAGCUCUGCUUCGUGAAGUAGUUCAAAGCCACGUUCCAAAUGCUCCGAAAAUUGCAGAGAUGAUUCUACAAAAACAUUGGUUCAAGGAAGAAAAACUUUCUUCGUUUCAUCUUGCAGCCUUUAAUGAAGGAACUUGCGCAGACAAAAUAAUGGAAGCAUUGUUUGAUAACAAAAGAAUUCCAACCGUGACUGAAGACGGACUUUCUCCGGCUCACAUCGCAGCCCAAAACGAGUCGAAUUGCGGAUGGAAAAUGUUGAAACUUCUUUUGGAUAACGGAGCCGACCCAAACGCUAGUUUCCAAAACGGAACAUCACCCGUCCAUUGGGCAGCCAUGAAUCAAGGAAAUUACGCAGCCGAAAUUCUAAAAUACCUACUCGAUCACGGUGGCGAUAGCGAAAAGAUGGACAAAAAUGGUCUCAAGCCAAUUCAUUACGCAACGUUGAAUACUAGUGAUUCAGCGGUGAAACUGUUGGACUUGCUCCUCAAAAAUCGAGGUACCAACGUCGUCAAGAGUACUGGAUCUACGUUACUUCACUUGGCAGUGUUGAACGAAGGAGAUCGCGAUCAAGGAAUCCUGAAAAAGUUACUUGAAAAUAGAGAAAACCCCAAUGUCGGAGAUAACGAAGGACGUAUCCCUCUUCAUUUAGCAAUAAGUGACGAAAGAAUUCAGCAAGUUGAAACUAUUCGACUUCUUCUACGAUACCGCAGCAAUCCGAAUGCUGUUGAUCAAUCAGGAUUGACACCUGUUCACUACGCAGCAGCUAAUGAAGGAGAAUAUGCUUCUAAAAACCUGCAACUUUUGUUGGCUUUCAAUGGAUCUUUGGCUAUUAAGGAUAAAGACGGACUCACCCCUAUUCAUUACACCAUAACCAACAGAGGCAAAUGUGGGGAUGAAAUGAGAAAACUAGUUGGCGUAAACCCGGCAAAAACAAACGCUCACCUCAACAGCAAUGGUGAGGUGUUGCUUCAUUACCUUGCCGGUAAAAAUGACGGCCAACUGGAACUUGUUCAACUGGUAAUCGACAAUGGAGGCAAUCCGAACGCAACAGACAAGUUUGGACGUUCACCUGUUCAUUCAGUCGUCAUGCUGAACGAAUCACUUGCGGGACUAGACAUUUUGCGGCUGCUGCUUGCAAAAGGAGGAAACGUUAACCUUCAGGACAGGGGAAAAAAAUUUACGCCUGUUCAUUAUGUGGCAUCUAGCUUGAGAGGAAGAUUACCUGAAAAGAUGAAAAUUCUCCUUAACAGCGGUGGAGAUGUAAACGUAGAGGGCAAUGAUGGGAUCACGCCCCUACAUUUGGCGGUUGCGAAUUUGGGAAUUUACGGACCUCAACUGACGAGAAUGUUACUCAAAUCUGGAGCUAACGUGAAUGCCAUUGAUGCUAAUCAACGAACACCAUUGCAUGAAGCAAUUAGAAAUGAAAACGAUGACAUUAGUUUCGACGCGAUCCAGCAGCUGGUCGAAAAAGGAGCAAAUUCGAACGCUCAUGACGGCAAAGGCUUGACACCGGUCCAUUAUGCCGUUCAAUACAGAAGAAGCAACUCGAUCAAAGUGAUGAAGCUUCUAUUACAACACGGAGGAAACCUGAACAUCGCAGACAAUAAAGGGAUGACGCCACAGCGCCUUGCCGAAUAUUUCCUGCCACCUGCCAAUAAAAAUCUAAGCAACGAAGAAUAACAAAAUUCUUCGUACAUCUAAAGUGGUGGGGCAAUUGCCUUGUUUUAACGUAGUCAUUUUGUAGUAUUGAAAAAUUCAUUCUUCAUUAUGCUAAUAAACGACGAAGGAUUUCCCUAGUGCUUAAUAAGUUGAACAGUUAGACCCCCAUUUUCUGAUUAAUACAACUCUAUGCUCUCUCUUCUA